AAACCAACUGAUGCAUGCACCCGUAACGGCGGCUAUUGCAUCGAAAAUAUGAAGAAAGGUGACUGCGACGGACUCCUCUUUCCAAAUGAAUGUAUAACGCCCUUAUGUUCCUGCUGUGUAAAAGUAACUGCAGUGAAACUGGAUGAAUGCGCAGCAGGGAACGACACCUGCCCCGCCAACUCAGAAUGCCAGGAUAAAGAAAUAGGCUACGAAUGCGCUUGCAAUGUAGGCUUUGAGCAAUGUGGAGAUACAAAUGAAUGUGACAGCAAUCCCUGUGGGCCAAACUCCCAGUGCCAAAAUACACAUGGAAGUUAUGAGUGCGUCUGCGAUGCUGGGUACGAAGCAGUCAACGGAGCUUGUGCUGAUCUCAAUGAAUGUGAAUCGACUCCUUGUGGUCCCAACGGCGUCUGCUCCAACAGCCCUGGAAGUUUCAGCUGCAACUGCAGUGCAGGAUACGCUUUCAGUGGGGGAUCUUGUGUGGACAUCGAUGAAUGUUUGAGCAAUCCAUGUCCAAAUGUCUCCGUGUGCACGAACACUCCUGGAAGUUACCUGUGUCAGUGCCCUCCUGGUUACAACUUGACCUCAGGAGCUUGUGUUGAUAUCGAUGAUUGUGCUUCUGCCACUUGCCCUCAGCACAAAUUUUGUAGUGAUAAACUCCUGGGUUAUGACUGUACUUGCUACGCUUGUGCUGAGAAAUGCCAAUAUGGCGCAAUUUUCGUAGAGGAACUUGGAAAUUGUUUUAAGCUCAUUACUGGAGAGAUGACCCUCGAGGACGCAAUGGAACGUUGUGCACGAGACUUCCUUAAAAUACAUUAUGUAAACAGUGAUGAAGAAUUUCCAAUAUUGGCUUACUAUUUCCUGUCUGGCAUUUCGGAUUGGGCCUGGGUUGCACGUGGCGGAGCCUACAGUGGCUCUAUUACGGGUUCCUGCCUUGGUAUGAGAUCGACCCCUAAGUCGCCUGAGGCUAAGAGUCUGCCCUGUGAUUCCAAGCUCAGAUAUGCUGUUUGUGUUGCAAAGAAAUACUAUUAGUUUGAGUAAUUGCCAAGGUGUUCCAAAGUUGUAAAACAAAUUAUUUUCUGCAAAAAAAUAUAUCUGACCAAUCUUCAAGGUUGUUUUGAAAUUGUAAACAAUUUAUCUGCAAGGGACAUUUAGAUUUGAGCAAUCUCCAACGUGUAUUCAAAGUUGAAGAAAUAAAGUUUUAUCAUCAAGGGACUUUUAGAUUUGACCAACCAAUCUUCAAGGUGUUUUUAAAGUUGUAUAAAUAAAAUUUGAUCUGAAAUUACUAUUAUUAU